GGAAGAGAAUGGCGACGGCGGAUGAGGAGGAGUACUCUGUUUCAAUGGAGGAGUAUCACCGUCAUGAGAGGGAAUACUGGCGUAUGAUGGCCAAAUCCGAUGGCUUCGAUGACGAUGAUAGCUAUGAAUGUCCAGUCGUACUACUCUCUGGACUUGUUCCGUACGACUGUAAAAAUAGUUAUCUUAUUCCUUAUCCUCUUUUGGUCAAGCGCUAUGCUUUGUUGGGGCUUCAUCGUUACAAUAUGUUAGAGGGGACAAGCAUUGGGCUCGCUGAGCUAGUGAAAUUCAACAAGUCAAUGAGCUAUGCUUCUUCUUACUACAUUACUCUACUUGCAAACGAUCCGGCAGCUACCCCAUCGCACAAGACCUUCCAAGUUCGAGUUGAUGAGACAAAAUUUGGCUAUUUGGAUUUGACCGUCUCUAUUGCCAGACCUAAAAGAGAAGCCGCCAAGAAGCCCUUCGUGCCUCACUUUCAUGGUGGCGCAGUGGCCGACGGUGUCUUCGAUGGUCCAUUGCCUGAUUGGCCGUCUGAUGAUGCUUUGAAUGACACUAGACGCUUCUACGUGCUCAAGGAGUCAGAGUGGCAAGCCACUGAUUGGAUUUCUCUUUAUUUGGAACUUUUGAUUUGUUCAAGUGAUAGAGAGGUUGCAGAUACAAAGCCGAGUGUCAUUUCCCACUUGCAGAUUGUGGAAGUGGCCAUUGAAACUAAGGAAGAAGAUGUGAUGACGCCAGAUGAGAGACUCAGUGCCAAAAUUGCACAUGUCUACAUAACGUUUAAGGGCUUGGCCAAGUCCCGACGGCUUGUUGAGAUUGGUGAGCAUGUUCAACGUAGAGCUAUAAUAAGAAGAGUCAUCACUUCAACAUGCUUGACUCUCCUGGGCAAGUUUUGGAGUGGUAAAGAUACUGAGAAGCCUUCUAUGACUCUCCGAAGAGGAGAAGAAGACCAGAGUUCUAAUAAACGUUCUCGCUUAAGCUAGGCGUUCACCCCGUGGUCGUUUACCUAAUGACGAGAUCCUUUUGGGACUGUUGAUGUGAUAACACAAAGAUAAAACUAUAUAUUUUGUGCGUUUGGACUGUCUAGGUGGAUUUGUGUCUUUUUGUGUAGUCUUCUAAUAAACAACUUUUUCCUGUUGAAAUGAUAUGAACACAA